AUGGUGAAGAAACGAGAAUCGAAGCAGCGCACUCGCGGCAAGGCGUUCUUCCAGUGGUGCAAGGAGAACGGCGAACGCGGCGAGCGGCUCGCCAACGAGUUCAAAGACCCUGACAAGCUGCCGACGGAGGUGACGAAAGGGUCGUGGUACAAGGCGCUUUGGAAGUGCCAGAAGUGCAAGCACGCGUGGAAGGCGACAGUGAAGAACCGCACGAAGAGUGACAAACCCACCGGGUGUCCGAAGUGCGUGCAUCUUGCGCCGCUGAGUAAGACGAACAACUUCCUCGUGUGGUGCGAGAAGAACGGCGAGCGCGGGAAGAAGCUCCUGAAGGAAUACGUCGACCCGGAUAAGAAGCCGACGGAGCUGACGAAAUGGUCGAGGCACAAGGCGAUGUGGAAGUGCCAGAAGUGCACGCACGCGUGGGGGGCAAUGGUGUGCAAUCGCACGAAGAGCGACAAACCCACCGGGUGUCUCAAGUGCCACCUCAGAGCGCGACAACCUGAAAAGCGCAACCGCGGCGACUGA